AGUCAGUUUGUAUCAGCUGUUGCGAGCAGGAAGAAGGCUUCUCUUUGUUUUCAUUGAGUCGUAGACAUGAAAUGCGAGAAGCAUUUCUUUGCUACUUGCGAUACAGUCGUAGUUAUCCGCGUUUGACUUGAGUUCCAUGCCAAUGCGAACUGAACUCAUUUUCUUUUUGACGCUCCUACCAUGUACCCAUCAUACCAUUGACUGACCAGCUCAAACGAGAUAUGGCAAGCAAUAGAGGAGUGCUGAACCUCAGGUUCAAUCAAGACCAAGGUUGUUUUACAUGUUGUAUGGAAAGUGGAUUACGAAUCUACAAUGUUGACCCAUUAGUUGAGAAGGCACACUUCGAUUUAGAAUUGAUGGGCAGUGUUGCCAUAUGUGAAAUGUUACAUCGCACCAACCUCCUAGCUAUUGUCGCCGGUGGUUCACAUCCCAAAUUUGCUGACAAUACUGUCCUUAUAUAUGAUGACCAUGCAAAGAAGUUUGUGCUAGAAAUAACUUUUACAACCCCAGUCAAAGCUGUCCGGUUAAGGAGAGACAAAUUGGUGGUUGCUUUACUUCGUGAGGUGCAUGUUUUCAGCUUUCCUGCACCUGCUCAGAGGCUGUACACAGUUGAAACCAGAGAGAACACACUAGGCCUUUGUGAAAUUAGCCCUAUUGUUACAGCAGAACGACAGCUGUUGGCAUUUCCCGGCCAUAAAAUUGGUAGUGUCCAGCUAGUUGAUCUUACAAAUACUGAAGCAGGAAUGUCCUCAGCACCAUUAACAAUCAAUGCACACCAGGGAGAACUUGCUUGCCUAGCCAUUAAUCAGCAAGGUACUUUCAUUGCAACUGCGUCAUGCAAAGGAACUCUCCUCCGAGUGUGGGAUACUUUAAGAAGAGUUCAAGUUGUGGAACUAAGAAGAGGUUCUGACCCAGCAACUCUAUAUUGUAUGAACUUCAGUAGAGAUUCUGAAUUCUUAUGCUGCUCAAGUGAUAAAGGGACCAUUCAUAUAUUUGCUCUGAAGAAAACUCAUUUGAAUAGAAGGUCCACGUUUUCAAAAAUGGGUAUUCUUGGCAACUAUGGAGAAUCUCAGUGGGCGUUAGCAAAUUUCACUGUGCCUCCUGAAAGUGCCUGUGUUUGUGCUUUUGGUCUUCGUAGCUCUGUGAUUGCAAUUUGCUUGGAUGGCACCUUCCACAAGUAUGUCUUCAAUGAUGAUGGCAAUUGCAACAGGGAAACCUUUGACGUUUAUUUAGAUGUUUGUGACGAUCAUGAGUUUUAGUAUGGGAGUAUUGGUGAUAGUUUUGAUUGGAAGAUAAAGUUUCUGUGAUACUAUAGAAAUUAAUUUUCUGUUGAGAAAUUUAUGAGCUAUUUUUUUUGGUUGUCAGCAUAACUGCCCAUACUUUCCUUGUUUGGUUAUCUACCUAACCAUAAUUACUGUAGUGUGUUUACCAGACUGUUAUGCAAUAGAAAGGAAAAGGUUUUUCUUCCUUUUGUAUUGUUUUCGAUACUUCCGUGAGCAGAGAAUAUGUGCAACUACAUAUUGAUUUCUUACUGUAAAAGCCCGAGGCUUUUAGAGUUCUAGUCCCUCCUCUCAAAUUUAAACUUUCUUAAUCUUUAUCGAAUCUAUUGAUUUUGUCCUCAUUGCUCUUUCAGUAUGUGUUUUGUUGUCAUUUCUGCAUUCUCAAGAGCAAUCAUCAACUCUUGAUUUGGUUCACUUCUCUUUGUAUUUAACUGCGGUUAAAAAAGAUAUAUAUCCUAGAAGAAGUUGGUGCAACAGUAAAUCUUUGCCAGUUUAAAUCCUUGUUGUUAGUGUUUUCUUAAAAGUAGAUGGUUAAAUGUUUGAAAUCUUCUUCACCAAUAAAUUUUAAAAGUAUUCUUAGCCUAACAUGUGCAAUAGGGUAACUAUGGUCAAAAGAUACUAACUUUGCACCAACUGCUACUUCCGAUUGCUACUACACUCUUUAGAUUUUGGGCUGUUAGCACCUCCCCGCUGCAAUACACAUUGAAAUUUUGAACCACACGCAGGGCUAGUUCAUUUCUUAAGAUUGAUUUCUUUUAUUCAUUAACUCUAUGUGCACUAGUAUGAACAAAGAUAGUAGUUAACUAGUGUAGACAUCCAAUGCAUGUUGAAAAUUUUCACUUUUUUGUUUCAAGCUAAUAAUCACUUUUAUAUUCAUCAACAUGAAGUUUACCACUUUAAUACUAAAACUCUUAAAUUUAUUUCAAUUUCAUCAUUAUUGAUGUAGUGUCUGUUAAAAAUAUUUAGCAAUCAAAUCAAAAUUUUUAAUUUUGAAAACAGCGAAACUUACUGUACUUCUGAAGAUACUGUGUACUUUCAGUUUGGGACCAAAUUGGUGUGAACUCAAAUAGUAAUCAUAACUAAGUAGUGUUGUUCAAGUGAUAGUAUUAAGUAGGCCGUAAAGUGUCAUAACGUACAAAUUUGCAAUGAUUUGUAGAAAUUAUCCAAAUUCUGCAACGAUAAGUGAAUACAUGUUUCCAUUGAUUCUGAGUCUAUUACUGCUUAUUAAGACUGCUUUAGGGGAACGUAAACGGUAUCUCUGACUUGGUUAAAGGUAUUUUGCAUUUGGUAUGUGCCUAAAAUAUAAUGUGACUUACUUAAAACGUCAGUUACAGUGCAUGCUUUGGGCUUAGGGAGAGAGAUGUUUCUUCUAAAUUAUUUAUUUGCAGUUAGAUUUUUAAAAUACCUGAGCCCAUUGCUCUUAUAAAAAAAUGUAUCUGAUUGGAGUUGUCUUCAAUAUUGUUAACUUCAAGAAAGUCCUGUCCAAAUAUUAUAUCAAGUCACAUCUUUUUUAUUAUAAUUAUAAUUAUUAUUUUUGCCCUGGCCACUCACUGAUUCAAUGGCUAAAUAAGGAAAUUUCUACAAUUAUUAUGUUGAGCUGUGUGAAUUGUGAUCAAUUAACUCUUGAAAGUACAUGUACUUAGUGGUAUGUGUUCCCCUCACAAUUCCUUUCGGUCUUUUGUUUUGGCAUCUAUAGAGUUUAGAAGUGUAGCUGUCUUCAAUUUAUAUUUAUUUUUCAGUUUUCCUAGUCUUGUAUUUAAAAAUAAAUUAUUUUUAAUGUUUACUAGAACUCUUUAUACAUUAAUUAUGUUAUCAGGUUCACUUAAUGUUUUUGUUUUCCAAAAAUUGUAUAUGUUCUUUUUUCUCAAACCGAAGACCGAUGUGUCUUCUAGUGUUCAAAAAGAGGUACAGUAAAUUGAUUGUGCUCUUUCCUUUUACGCCUUUACUUCUUCUUGAGGGCUUAUGUCAAAAAUUUUUAACAUGGAUCUUUAUGGAUCUUUCAGGUGAUACUUGAUUGCGUUUAAAUUUUAACUGUUUGAGCCCCUCUUUGCACUCCUUCUUUGGUACAUGCUUGCUAUUGCUAACUACUGUUAAGUGGUACUGUCUUCCAUACCUGCCAAGAAAUAGCUGACUACAACAGGUAUUAAAUUUUUUCAAAUUCUACUAUUAACGGCAUUUUAAAUAUGCCCCUUGAUCAAGUAUGAUAUGGUAAGGAAUGUUAAGAGAAGAGAUUAAAGCUUUACAGGUGACAGAGUCUCUUCAUCAAGAGUCAUAAACAAAUAUUGGCAUAUGCAUCUGAUUAUGAAUAGCCUCCAAGACAAAUAUUUGUGUGAUUGUCAUAUUUUAAACUGCUAAAAAUGUCAAAUGACUUGUUUUGUAAUUUUUUACCCCUUAUGUUUUUUACAAAGGUUUUUAUUGUUGCAGUGCAUGUUUGUGAAAAAUGUGUAAAUAAAGUGAUUGUUGCAGAAAGACAAAGAA